AUGAAUAAGCCAAAGAUUCUUGCAGCUUCGCUAACUGUUAUCCUCACUAUACUCGCCAAUUCAAAUUUAUCUUUUUUCACGAGUGUAAAUCAACCAAGUAAAGACUCAACAUGCUACCAGUACGAAUCGAAUGAGCAAUUUCAAUCAUUUUUGAAAUCGCGUCACCAUCACCAAAACGGCGGUAAUCUAUGUGUUCAAAAAGACACUGGUGGAACUGGGAGAGUAAAUGCGACAUUUCUCAUGCUAUGCAGAAAUGCCGAGGUCUAUCAAGUUCUCGAGACUCUUCAAACCAUCCAGGAUAGAUUCAACAACAAAUUCCACUAUGACUAUACAUUUCUAAACGACGAGCCAUUCACCGACGAGUUCAUCUACUUGGUCGGUUCAUACAUACCUUUCUCCAAGGUUAAUUUCGGUCUUAUACCACAAGACCACUGGUCAUACCCGCAUCACAUCAACGUCACAGCUUGCGCCGAGAUACGAGCGAAUUUCGCAAACGUCCCCUACGGCGACUCCGAGUCCUACCGACACAUGUGCCGUUUCUACUCGGGCUUUUUCUAUAAACACCCCUUCGUUCGGCUGUACGAAUAUUACUGGAGAAUUGAGCCUGGAAUCAAAUUGCACUGCGACAUCCAACAAGACCUCUUUCAGUACAUGCACACGAAUAACAAGAAGUAUGCAUUUGCCAUAUCUUUGUUUGAGUAUAUAGACACUAUCCCCAGUUUAUGGUCCCAUGUUUUCCAAUACCUUUCGAAAUAUAACGUGGAUCCUGGGCUAUUACCGGUAUUGGCCAAUCUGGAUGGACAUUACAAUUUGUGCCAUUUCUGGUCGAAUUUCGAGAUUGCUAGAGUGGACACUUUUGAUAACCCCGAGUAUGAGCGGUUCUUCCAGUACCUUGACUCAACUGGCGGGUUCUACUACGAGAGAUGGGGCGACGCACCAGUUCACACCAUUGGAACCAUGCUUUUUCUUAAAAAGGAGGAAAUACAUUGGUUUGCCAAUUUGGGCUACCAUCACCCUCCAUACACGCAAUGCCCGCAGGAUCUAGAUGAGUUUGUGGAGAACCGAUGUGUUUGCGAUUCCGAAGAUGAUGUGACAUGGAAUGAGAACUUGAGCUGCACUCCACAUUUCUUGAGCUAUUUAGGUGUUUGA